AUGGAUGCGCAGUACCCGUUUGCCUCGCGUGACGAUAUCUGGCGAGUCUUCGAGGAGUUGAAAGACAUCCGCCUUAGCCAGAUCGACCAAAGUGAGCGUCUGGGUCGACUCGAGCGUCGCCGGGACGAGGAUGUGAGGAUGAGAAACGUAUGGGGUCCCGCGCCGCUCUCUCCUUUCCCCGCUGCUGCGGGUGCUUCGUUGUCUACAGAAACUACCUACAAUUCGCCCCCGGACGCCUUCAAGGGCUUUGAUCAAGGUCAGCAUCACGCUAUGACGAGCUCGUCGGUCGGACUCGAAGGGGAGGAUGAGCCGCGGCGCGGUACGUCGCGUGCGAAUAGUGUUCGCUUUGAUGAGAGUGCGAUUCACGGCUCCUACGGCCAAGCGGGACGCUCGAGUACCGAUCUCCCUCUGCGAACUGGUAGUGGUUUGGGAAGUCACCCGCUUUUAGAACGUUCUCUUUCUCAUCGAUCUGAUGGACGGCAGAGCUCAUCCGGACAAUCACACCACUCUGCACGCACCAACAGCCUGGGACUGGAUACUAGCCGCUUGAUGAGUUCAUCCUCCUUUAGCGAGUCUGGUUUUAUCGCCCCACCUGUUGGCCUUUUCCUUCUUGGUCCGGUGCCCGGUAUCAUCCGGUGCUGGCUGACGACGAAUUUCUCGAACGAUUCCCUGCUAUACGCAGCUGUCUGCUCGGGGUCGUAUGUUUCGUCCGUUAGUGCGUCACUGAUCCGCAAGCUGGGUCUGCAGGCGGAAGUCACACAGGAAGACGGUCAAUCCCAAAUCAAGCUUCCCUUUUACCUCCCAGAUGCCAGUGUUCACCAGUCGCCCUCCUCACGCUCUUCUAGUCCCGAGACCCAUCUUCCCUCUUUGACAGUUCGAUUCAUAGUGCGCGAGACAGAUACUCUCGAUGACUCCAUCCAGAUCAUUAUUGGAAGCGACGUUUUACGAACCCACAACGCCGAUAUCCUCUUUUCGCAGGACAAAAUAACCAUGGUUGAUGAUGAACGCAACCGUCUCUCUCUUCCCCUGGUCCGUCCUGAAAAGGAUAGUGUCUUUAGGUCAUUGUGGACUGUGCCAGAACCAUCCCACAUGGACCCGGCAAGUCACAUAAACGGACAUCAGCCCGCCGGAGUAAUUGGCCAACCCACUCAUCAACAAUCAUCAUCUGCUCCCGCGUCAGCCCGCGUAUCUAUCAGCGAGGCCAGCAAGCCUACCCAGCAGGCACGAGACUCGGCCUCAGACGCUGGAACCCACUCUACGAUACCAACCGCCGCCAGUGACACGUCCUCCAUUUCCGGCACCAAGUCCGAAGGUGCAUGGAGCUCCUGGCGCCGUGAAUCAAAGCCAGUUUCCAAAAAGCAGGCAAAUGAAAAACGCCCUAUGAAAGUCCUCCGUCCCGCAAAGGCUUCUAGCCGGGUUCCAUCCUCAACUUCUAUGGCCACGACUGGCGCCGUUGAUACGGAUGUUUUGGCAACCUCUCUUCCCGAUUUGACACGCGCUACGGGGCAAGCACCUCGCUCGUCUUCGGACGGAAGCAAUAAGACACGAUCAAGUAAUCCAGUUGGAGGUGCCUCGGCCUUUGGCUGGCUAAAUCCAGCGGUGUCCGCGUCAGGGACCCAGACCGUAUCGCAGCCGAAGUAA